AUGUGUGCUCUCAAUGACCCCUUAUGCAUUGGGGCCACUCUCCCCGGAAAGAACUACGAUGCAAUAUCAUCAUCUGCCACACAAGAGUGCGAUUCCUCUUCUUCAUCGGUUCCCUCUUCUGAAGGGUGGGAUUACGAGGUGUUUUUGAGCUUUAGAGGUGAGACCCGCAAGAACUUCACAGACCACCUCUACAACGAUCUCCUUGAUAAAGGAAUCCACACGUUCAGAGACAACGAAGAACUCCGAAUCGGAGAAAAGAUAGGUCCGGCGCUUCUCUCUGCGAUCCACCGGUCCAAAAUCGCCAUCAUCAUCUUCUCAGAACACUAUGCUUUCAGCAAAUGGUGCCUCCUUGAACUUGCUGAGAUUAUGGAGUGCUGGAGAAAGGGGGGUCGAAGACAAAUAGAAGUGAUGCCCGUUUUCUACCAUGUAUUUCCAUCGGACGUCCGAAACCAGACCGGUAGCUAUGAGAAAGCUUUUCAAGACCACGAGAAGAACAAGAACUUCGAUCAGGAGAUCGUAAAGCGGUGGAAGAAGGCUCUGAGAGAGGCUGGUGAAUUGAAAGGAUGGGAUCUGGAGAAUACAGCUGAUGGCGGGCAUGAAGGGAAGUUAAAAAAAUCAAUUGUUAAUGAAGUUUGGAAUAAAUUAAGAAAGUGCCCCUUGCUUGAUUCUGACAACUUGGUUGGAAUCCAUUCUCAUAUAGAAAAGAUGAUGAAGUUGCUAAACAUUGAAUCUAAUGAUAGACGAAUUGUGGGUGUCCAUGGCUUAGGUGGCAUUGGUAAGACAACAAUUGCUAGGUGUGUGUACAAUACAGUCUAUCAUCACUUUGAAGGAUGUAGCUUUAUAGCAGAUGUAAAAGAAACUUUACAAACAAGGGGAGAUGUUAUCCGUUUGCAAAGUCAACUUAUCAAGAAUAUCUUGAACCUCGAUAAUCCAAACAUUACUACUGUUGAUGAGGGAAUUAAUAUGAUUAAGAAUAGAUUAUCCAAUAAAAAAGUUCUUAUUGUUCUUGAUGAUGUGGAUGUGGAUCAAAGAACCUAUUUAAAUUUAAUAACCGGGAAGCGUGAUUGGUUUGGUCUUGGAAGUAGGAUUAUUAUUACAACUAGGGACAAACAGAUCUUAAAGAUUCUUGGAGUUGAUGAAACGUACGAGCCCAAUGAAAUGGAUUUAGAUCAAUCUCUUAAACUCUUCAGCAAACAUGCAUUCAAAAUGGACAGACCCCCGGAAAAUUAUUUGGAUCUCUCAAAAGAUGUGGUAAAUACUACUGGAGGACUUCCUUUGGCUCUUGAGGUUUUAGGUUCAUCUUUAUUUGACAGAGAAGAACCAGCAUGGGAAGACACAAUGAAGAAGUUGACCAAAAUUCCACAUGAUGAUGUGCAGAAGAAGUUGAGAAUAAGUUAUGAUGGAUUAAGUUAUGAAGAGAAACAGAUAUUUCUUGAUAUUGCUUGUUUUUUUAUUGGAAAGGAUAAGAAUGUUCCAUGUUGCAUAUGGGAUGGCUGUGGUUUUUACCCUGGAGUUGGAAUUGAUAACCUUUGCCUAAAGUCAUUGGUUAAGGUUGGUGACCAAAACGAGUUAAGGAUGCAUGAUCAGCUAAGAGAUCUCGGAAGGGAAAUUGUUCGUCAAGAAAACCGCAAUGAGCUUGUGGAACGUAGUAGAUUGUGGUCGCAUGAGGCAUUGGAAGUAUUGAGAUCUCAAAUGGUAAAUUCUCAAUAA